AUGCCUGGACAGGUGACAUCCUCUCAAUCGGUGGCCAAGGGCGUAUUCAACGAGUCUCAUUGGCGUAUGCUGUUUGCGUUGCUCGAUGCUGCCAUUCCCUCAAUCAGCCUCGACAAUGCCCCGACGCAAGGCAGUGUUGGAGAUCAACUUACCAUAUCUCAGGAGGAGUUGCUCUUGGCUCACCAAAAUAUCCAGGCUACGGUACACGAUUCUCCAAGUAUGGCUUCUUACCAUCAAUAUUUAGCCUCCAGGCCUCUCGAUGAUCCCAAGUUUGUGGCCAUCAUCAAGGAAACUAUAGGCCAGAUACCACCUCGCCUCCAGCGACAGCUGGCUGGUAUUCUAGACUUUAUGACCACAAGAAUCGGCAGUGUCAUCUGCGGCUACAGCCUUACGCCUCUGGAUCAGACGUCUCUUCAAAGGCGACAUGAUAUACUCCAGUCAUGGCAGAAUGCCUGGCUUCCAUUGUGGCCUGCUUUGAGCAGAUCGUUUCUCGCUAUGGCCAAAAUCGGCUGGUCCCAGUCAGAUCAGCUUUUCGCCAAACUCGGUAACUACGACAUUGGUAAUAUCAUGAACGGUCCUGCUGGCCAAACGAUGAAUUUUGAUUUCCUUGAGUUUGAUUCACAGGAAGAGCCCUGCCUACUGGAGACUGACGUAGUUAUCAUCGGCUCCGGGUGCGGUGGCAGUGUAUGCGCCAAAAUCAUCGCUGAGGCUGGGCGACAGGUUCUUGUGGUCGACAAGGGCUAUUACACACCACCGUCUCUUCUACCUGUCCCGGUAGAUCGCUCAUCUGUUCUGUACGAAGCUGGCCUUCAAAGCGAUGAUGGUGCCACCACCAUAUUGGCAGGGAGUUGCUGGGGAGGAGGAGGUACGGUGAACUGGAGCGCGUCGUUGGAAACACAAGGUUUUGUUCGUCAAGAGUGGGCGAAUAAAGGACUGCAUUUCUUCACUACAGCUGAUUAUCAAGAGAGGUUGAAUCGCGUCUGCGAUUUCAUGGGCGUCAACACAGCAUAUAUACAACAUAAUCAUCGUAACAAAAUCCUUUUGGAUGGCGCCCAAAAGCUAGGGUGGCAGGCGAAACCGUGUCCUCAAAACAGCGGUAAUACUGAACAUUCAUGUGGACAUUGUACAUUUGGCUGUCGCUCGGCCGAGAAGCAAGGGCCGGCAGUAAGCUGGUUACCAGCCGCUCAGAAGGCGGGAGCACGGUUUAUCGAAGGUCUUGAUAUCUCCCAGAUACUGUUCGAGAAUGAGCAUACGAAAACUGCUACCGGGGUCAAGGGUACUUGGACUUCAGGAAUGGUCGGCUCAACUUCAGGCGAGAGAGUCCGGCGUCAGAUCCAGAUCAAGGCCAAGAAAAUUAUCAUCGCCUGCGGUGCACUUCACAGCCCACUUCUCUUGAUGCGGAGUGGGCUCAAGGUGGGCAGUUUUCUCCCAAAUGUUAUCUUCCCCAAUCUUGCUGACGUUUUUCUUCCCUCGAAGAAUCCUCACAUCGGAAAAAACCUCUACAUGCAUCCAACAGGGAACUUCGGUGCCGUUUUCGAUGACGUUAUAGGGAGUUGGGAAGGGAGUAUUCUAACUAGCGUCGUAUCUGAAUUCGAGAACCUUGAUGGAACAGGCCAUGGAGUUAAGAUCGUGGCGUCCGCGGGCCUGCCACAUAUGACAACAUUUACCUUACCGUGGCACAGCGCACUUCAGUACAAGACCGAUGCCAUCAAAUACCGCCACAUAAACUCCUUCUGUGCCAUCGCUCGAGACCGUGACACCGGCAGCGUGUCUGCUGACCCCGAUGGCCGUUCGAUUAUCAAGUACACACCAUCACGAUUUGACCGCAUACAUAUUGUCUCUGGCCUCGUGGCUAUUGCCAAGAUCUGUUAUGUCCAAGGCGCCACUGAGCUUUUCCCAUGUGUCAUGAAUGUACCAUCCUUCAAGUGCCGUAAGGCAAGAGAGGAACGGACUCUAGAAGACCAGGAGUUUGUACAGUGGCUCGCACGUCUCGAACGCGAGGAUCUGAAUCCAGCGAAGGACACAUUCACCUGCGCUCAUCAAAUGGGCUCGUGUCGAAUGAGCACUAGUCCUACAGAUGGCGUGGUGGACGAUUGUGGUAAGGUAUGGGGGACCACCAACGUGUACGUCGCCGAUGCGAGUGUCUUUCCCAGCGCGAGUGGUGUCAAUCCUAUGAUCACCACAAUGGCGAUCGCGGACCGUAUAGCAGGAUCGUUGGUCGCGUUUUGGCGCUGA